UCAGGACACAACUUCUGUUCUGCAGCCCGCACAGAAAGGUGGGUCUCUUAAGUUUUUCUUUUUUUAUUACUGUAAUGUGAGAGGAAUAUUUGAAAUGCUUGUUUACAGCUUAAAUGUAGAUUUGUGUAACCAUUUGAGUAUUUUUAACAUCUGGUAAACGUUAAAAUCAGUGACAAAAUACAAUGGAAGUGAAGGUGUUCGUGGAUGAUGUCCAACGUGUGGUAUGUGGUGUCACUGAGGAAACGACGUGUGAAGAAGUAGUCAUCACGUUGGCUCAAGCCUUGAGUCAGACGGGAUGCUACACCUUACGGGAAAAAUUCAAAGACUUUGAGCGGAGCAUGACUCCCACCGAACAUCUUCUGGAAUCUCUUCGGAAGUACGGAGAGCAGGCCAGGGAGGUCCAGCUCAUUCUGCUCCACAGCGGGCCAUCUCCGCGGGACGGAAUGAGCAGAACAAAGCUCAGCAGAUACCCGCCGUGCCCGCCCAUAAGAAGAAGAGACGCUGGUGUCAAAACGCGGUGGCGCAGUGGUUCGCUCAGUCUGCAUCGCCAAAGCUUGCCGCCAUUAUCCUGCUCACAACAGGAAGCCGAGCAGCCACCAGCAGACCAGAAAAGGGCUAAGAGGAAGUCACUGAGCCUUGUGGAAGAGGCUCGUGGUUGGCUGGAAAGUCUCGGGAAAGGCAAAGUUUACAACGCCGUCUGCGAUACAGAAAGCAGCAAGAAAUCCAACAAAAGUCAGCAAACCUCUGUGGAGAUUUCUGUCGGUAAAGUUAAAUCAGUGCGAAGUAGUCUGUUGAGCAAAGUCAGGGGUCAGAAAAGUUUAAAAUCAGACAUGGACCAUCACAGCUCCUGCUGUAUGGGGAGUCAGGUGAGGGAAAAGGAACACAAAUAUUUAAAGAAAACCCAAGAGGUCAAACCCGACUGCCUGUCAGAGUGCGCGAUAAUCAGAGAAGAGAAAAACAGGUUGCGAGAAACCAUCAAACUGCAAUGUGCCCAUCUGCAGGAUUUACAGCUCCACAUGAGACAUUUAGACAAACAGAUCAUAGAGCUUGAGGAACAACAGAGGACCAAAAAGGACGAGCAGGAAGCUCAGAAGAAAGUUAUCGAAGAGGAGCUCGAGCAGAUAGCCUUUUGGGAGAACGAGCUCAAAGCAGAAGAAGGUCACGAGAAAGAUCUGCAGCGCGAGUUCCUGGAGAUGAGGGCAAAGGUCAUCGAGUGUAAAGCCAAACUGGAAGAGUACAAGGACGCCACGCAUGGGUUGAGUUUAAGUGUUCAGAACUCGACUCAGAAAGACUCAGAAACAAGUUCCAAAGGUGGUGAAACCGCUGCCACGGAGAUUAUAGCUGAAGACCAGCAGCAGCAGAAAGACGAGCAAAAGCCAACGCCCGAGACAAACACCAACAGGAAAUUCCUCGACCCUCCUCAAGCUCUGGUUCCUCCAAACCAGAUAAAAGAACGCCGGCCCACGGGACCCACUGAGCUCAGGGAGUGGUGGACGCGCUGGUCUGAGACUCAAAAUCCGAAAGGCAGAGAGGCUAAAACAAAGUCCGUUCACCGUUCUGAGCUCACGAUUUAUCUGGGCAAUGCCAAAGUUUAGAAAGGAACCAAACCUCACAAAAGGCGGCGAUAAUGUACUUAAUUCACUUAAUGUAUUUAUACUUCACAGAAAAUAGAAAUCACCCUGGUCUAAAGUUUGUUUGGCCAUUUCAAUCACUUUUGUGCAUUUUAUAGCAGCGAC